CUUCGACUAGAAACCAGCAAAGUGAAUUUCGAUGGAGAUGGAAAGACAGCAACUGAAACAGAGCAGCGAUCUACUUGUGCAGGACCGAUUUAUUUGAACUGUUAACGGGAAUGUGUCGACUGGCUGCAGAAACUGUCUCAGAUUUGUCUUUGCCCUUGGCUGCUGGGCUGUGAGCAGCUACCAUGACGUAUUCCAACACCAGCAUACUGACAGCCAACUUCAGCGGCGCUUCAGAGGGUCAUGACUCCGGGGGAAACAUCUACCGGCCUUUCUCUGUUUUCAGCGUCCUCACUCUUACAUUACUGGCCAUGCUAGUUGCGGCCACUUUUGUGUGGAACCUUCUGGUGCUGGUGACCAUCCUGAGGGUGAGGACAUUUCACCGUGUGCCCCACAACCUGGUGGCUUCCAUGGCCAUCUCCGACGUGAUGGUGGCCGCCCUGGUCAUGCCGCUCAGCCUCGUCCAUGAGCUUAACGGCCGUCUGUGGAAACUUGGGCGUGUUCUGUGCCAAGUGUGGAUCUCAUUUGACGUGCUCUGUUGCACAGCCAGCAUCUGGAACGUGACAGCCAUCGCACUGGACCGCUACUGGUCCAUCACCAGGCAUCUGGAGUACACACUCAAGACGCGCAAAAAGAUCUCCAACGUGAUGAUCGCCCUGACGUGGCUGCUGUCGUCCAUCAUCUCCCUGUCACCUCUCUUUGGUUGGGGAGAGACCUACUCAGAAGGGAUGAAGUGCCAAGUGAGCCAAGAGCCGUCCUACACCAUCUUCUCCACCUUUGGUGCGUUUUACCUGCCGCUUUGUGUGGUGCUGUUUGUCUAUUGGAAGAUAUACAAGGCUGCCAAGUUCAGGAUCGGCUCUCGCAAGACCAACACGAUCACACCAAUGGCUGAGGUAAAAGAAGAAACCCAGCAGCCACAGAUGGUGUUUACUGUGCGACACGCUACUGUGACCUUCCAGACAGAUGGCGACACGUGGCGUGAGCAGAAGGAAAAAAAGGCAGCGCUGAUGGUAGGCAUUUUGAUUGGCGUGUUCGUACUUUGCUGGAUCCCCUUCUUCAUCACCGAGCUCAUUGUCCCGCUGUGCUCCUGCGACAUCCCACCCAUCUGGAAAAGCAUCUUCCUGUGGCUGGGCUACUCCAACUCCUUCUUUAACCCGCUCAUAUACACCGCCUUUAACAAGAACUACAACAAUGCCCUGAGGAACCUCUUCUCCCGCCAGCGCUGAGCCGCUAAGCCCGCUCGGCAGACACACUACACCAGCAUGCUCUCUGCAGUGUUAUUCCUCCAGACAGGAAAGGACUAACCUGUCUGUGUCAGUCAUUCAUCAUAAACCAGAUGGAUGAUAACCAGAAGCUGUGUCUGGAAAACACAUCUUUUUAAAAACGUGUCAUUUUUAUUUAUGGUUUCUUUCAUUCUAUAUCAUCCUAAGUGAACCUCACAGUUGGACUGAGAUGGGUGUCUGAGCUACAGUAUCUACAAAAGAGAGGAAGUGUUUUAUGACAGUGGCAGAUAUAGUCUUUAACCCAUAAAGACCCAAAC